GCGGCACUGGCGAGUAACGCUCGGGAGCGGCGGCGGUGAUGGCACCGGAGCGCGGUGAUCGGUCGCUCCCCGCCGGUACCGAGGGGCUUCCCCGGGUGUUCCUGCAGAGCCUACGGACUCUUUUCGAUAUCCUGGAUGACCGGCGGCGGGGUUACGUGCACCUACGGGAGAUCGAGUCCCGCUGGCGGGGAGCGGAAGCCCGAGAGCUGCCCGCCGGGGUGCUGGAGGGGCUGCGGCGGGCGGCCCCGGCCAGCGGGUACCUGACCUUCGAGCGGUUCGUCCUGGGGCUGCGCGCUGCCCUGCCCGGUGCCGACCCCCCGGGGGAGAGCGGCGGCGGGCGGCGGAGCGCGGGGAAGCCGCCGAGCCCCCGCGGUGCAGAGGAGCGGCGUGGGAAGAGCGGCGGGCAGCGGGAACCGGGGCACGGGCAGCCCCGGGGCCGGGGUGGUGAUGCUAAGGCUGCUGGGCAGGCCCAGGGAGAUGGCAGCCACGCAGGGGCUGGGGACACUCGGAGGCAUCAGCGGGGACGUGCAGAACACCGGAGACACACCAUCACCAAUGGCGUGGACUUCAGCAUGCUGAAGCACAUGAAGGAGCUGGAACAGGAGAAGGAUUUCCUGCUGCAGGGUCUGGAGCUGGUCGAGCGCGCCCGGGAGUGGUACCACCAGCACAUCCAGCUCAUGCAGGAGCGCCAGAGGCUGCUGGGGAAGAACAAAACCAGUGCUGAAUUCCUCCCUGAGGGCACCCAGAGCCACCUGGGGCGCCUGGUCCCCAAGCUGCAGGAGGUGAACCGCUGCCUGGGUGACCUUCUUUCCACCACUGGCAAGCCAAUGCACCCCUCCUCAGCUCUGAGCAGGCUGGGCCCCGCGACGUCCCCAGCCCCAGCAGGCUCCCAGCAAGCCAUCAACAUGCUGAAGGAGCAAAACCGGCUUCUCACCAAGGAGGUGACCGACAAGAGCGAACGCAUCACCCAGUUGGAGCAGGAGAAAUCCGCCCUGAUCAAGCAGCUCUUUGAGGCUCGUGCCCGCAAUAACCAUGAAACGAGCCAGCUGGACUCCACCUUCAUCUAGUGCCUGUCUCCCCACUCCACAUCCUCGAGCUUCCUCGGGGGUUUUGUGGGACUCUUGCCCAGAACCCAUUGCACCCGUUGCUCCAGGUGUCGGAUCUCGAGGUCUGGAGCUGCAGGAGGAAGCCAGGAGGGUGUUUCCCUGCCCUGCCUGGGGAGCAUCCCCGCACUGCUCUGCUGCUGGGCUCUCCAGCUGUGCUGCUCUCAGCUGCUCCUUUUCUCUCUCUAAAGGGACUGCAGGGACUGCACCCCCAGCCUCACGAGCCCCCGCGUGCUGGGAAUGGCCUUUGCCCGCGCAGGACGCGCUCCUGUGCCCUUGGCCUGACUCAGGCUGAACUUUGGCUGCUCUCAGAAAUAGAUGAUGCAUCUUCAACACUCCAGCCGGCAUCUCCAGCAAGCCAGGCCGUGCAAGGGUGGCCGAUCCCCUGCUUGUCCCACUGUCGGAAGACAAGACUGAAAAUCUGAUGAGCUGUGCCUGGCCCCCCUCUGCUGCCUGAGUUCUUCCUGCCAGAGACACGAUACUGGGCCAGAGCAGUGCCCGAGCUGGUGCUCCUCCCUGCGUAAUCCCUCUUUCCAGUUUGCGGUAGCGAUGCCAUAGUCACUGUUUACAUGUCUGCAGGCUCCCGUAGUUGAUGAGCCAUAGACCCAAACGAGGUAGUCCAUACCUCUGAGCUGCUGUUCCAGGCUGUUUGCAGAUUGAGGCAGACACCUUUACAUCCCUUUAUUUGGGUUGACCUGGCAAAUGUUUCCUUGUGACUGCCAGGCUUAUAUUUUUUUUUUUGAUGACUUUAAAAGGAGAAGUGAUGUCCUCCAGCAUGAGGAUACUAACGCAAGCCUGACUCCACAGAAGGACGAAGGUUUGUAUUUGACUGAACGUGGGUGAUGGAUCGAUGCUGAUGGGCUCUUUCCUUUGCACAUCUCCAAGUGAAGGAGUGGCAGCUUUGCCUAUGCUGAUGGUGUACGCCGGCUCCCCAGGGUGACAUCCAAGUGUGAACUGCGCCCCUCUCCAGGUCUCUUGGGGGGCAGGUCUAAGCGUGGGUCUUGUUAGGCUGGUGUAUCUCAGGAUACCUUCUCCUUCCCACCCAGCUCAGUGACGAUGCUUGAGCUGGACAAUAUUUUCUACUGUGGCUUGGUACUUGGUACUUCUGGUGCUUCCAUGGGAGAUCCUUGUGAAUCCAUGUAGCGCAGGCCUGGCCCUCUGUAGCUCCCAGACCAGGACCUUUCUCUCCAGGGUAGUUUCGUGCUCUGACUCCUGGCACAAUGCACUGAGCUGGGCUGAAGGUGCUGGACCUGCCCUGCCAUGGGCUGGGUACCGUGCAGACCAAUUCCCUUCUCACUCCUGUUUUUCUCUGUCCAGCACUGUCUGUCCCAUGCAGCUUCUCUCUUUGAGGUUCAUCUUGACCUGAGGCUCGGUGCAAGGCAUGAAUCCCUGCUCUACCCUGUACUUGCUGCCCUGUGCCAGAGUGGGGAUCAGCAUUGUGCCAGGGACAGGGAGGAGGAGCAGCAAGGCCAUGGCGAGUCGGGUCGCCUAUCUGCAGGAGUAGGGUGUUAGUUGUCCCCUGGACAUCGGUGUCUUCCCUCUCUUUCAUAAUGCCACCUCUGGUGUCCAGAGCCUGUUUUGCCUGAGGUUUAAUUAAAAGUGACCCUCUUUAUAAGGAGGAUCUGUAGAGAUAAUAAAGUGGGCUGAACUAUUUAA